AUAGCGGAUCGCUUUGCCAAGUGCCGGGAAGAACAAAGGAAUCAAGAAAGAGACGCUCGGCUCCCGGCCUUGUUCUGUGUGGCUUUUUCCGCUCGUUCCUGUCCGGAGAAUCUGGAUUUAUAAUCGUCACUGGAUUGAAAAGAAGCAAUUAUGUUCGAUUUUAAGAAAAGAACACAGCAAGGGCAAAGAAAUCGGGCAGUACCACCUUUACAUUAUGUUUCCAGUCCACCUGCUCCAUUUGGAGGCGAGCGAAGCGCCACACCGGAGAGAGGCGCGGCAGUCGGCACAUUUGCGGAGCUGUUCCUCUCCGGAGACGAUUAAGGGUUUUCUGACCUGUAGGAUACACCGACAGUCAGGUAACAACCCUCCGGCCCCCCAACCCGUGUUUGUUUGUUUUCUCUAUUAUAAACCUUUGUCUCUGAAGAUUGACCCUUUGACUCCAGGCGCUAUCAACUGGGAGCACCUCCCAUUUUAUUUGGCCGAGUAGAAAAUGCGGGAGGCCGGGGGUCUAGCCGUAUAGGAAGGCAUUUCUUCCUUCGCUGCAGCAGCGCCUAGAGUUUCUGCCCCUAAUCUCAGGAAUUUAUCGAAUAGUUUCAACUGCUGUACUGUAAUUCAUUUGAAGUGUUUAUCUAGUCCGUCCUCGAGCCCGCGGGAGCUGGGACGGCCUGGCUGAGUGGAGCUAACAGGCGGCGGAGCUAACAGACCGCCGCGUCGGGGGUCCGGCGGUCACGCGGUGCGAGGAGCGGCGCGCGCUGGGCCACCGCCGGGGGUUAGCGCUGGGCCACGGUGCGCCGGGAGGGCGGCCCGAGGCCUACUCUGGGGUUAAGCGGCUACUCCAGCUGGGGAGAGACAGCCAAGAGUAGGGGGUGGGACACAGGACGCCCGUCUUAAACUCCAGAGAGUGGACUUCCGCGAAGACCGGCGGGUGGGCGAACAUGAAAUCCAGUCCUGCUAUCCAGGCUGCCAUCGACCUCACCGCGGGGGCCCUGGGGGGCACAGCGUGCGUCCUGACCGGGCAGCCCUUCGACACUAUGAAGGUGAAGAUGCAGACAUUCCCCGGCCUGUACAAGGGCCUCACCGACUGUGCCCUGAAGACGUACUCCCAGGUGGGCUUGCGGGGCUUCUACAAGGGGACCGGCCCCGCGCUAAUGGCCUACGUCGCCGAGAACUCGGUCCUCUUCAUGUGCUACGGCUUCUGCCAACAUUUCGUUAGGAAAGUGGCUGGACUGGACGAGCAGGCGAAGCUGAAUGAUCUGCAAACUGCGGCCGCGGGUUCCAUCGCCUCAGCGUUUGCCGCCCUGGCCCUGUGCCCCACUGAGCUCGUGAAGUGCCGGCUGCAGACCAUGCACGAACUGGAGAUGUCAGGGAGGAUAGCCAAAAGCCAUGAUACAGUUUGGUCCGUCGUGAAGAGUAUCCUUAGAAAGGAUGGCCCCUGGGGCUUCUACCACGGACUCACCAGUACUCUGUUUCAAGUAGUACCAGGCUAUUUCUUCUUCUUUGGUGGCUAUGAGCUGAGCCGAUCGUUUUUUGCCUCGGGGGGUUCAAAAGAUGAACUAGGCCCUGUCCCCUUGAUGUUAAGUGGUGGAAUUGCUGGCAUUUGCCUUUGGUUUGUCAUAUACCCCGUGGAUUGUAUCAAAUCCAGAAUUCAGGUUCUUUCCAUGUUUGGAAAACAGACAGGAUUCAUCAGAACUCUUUUAAGUGUUGUGAGAACCGAAGGAAUAGCAGCUUUAUAUUCUGGUCUGAAAGCUACUCUGAUUCGAGCGUUUCCUGCCAAUGCAGCACUAUUUUUGGCUUAUGAAUACAGCAGGAAAAUGAUGAUGAGCCAAUUUGAAGCAUAUUGAAGUAUCUUGGUGAGUCUGAAUCCAAGUACAAGCCUUUGGGGACUGUAACUCAGUUUCAUGAAGCUUUAGACCAGUGCGGUAUUAUUGUUGACUUCCUGGGAGCUUUGUUUUUGUCUUUCCUUCUUAUACUCUUAAACUUUAUGGAAGAAACUUCAUUUUAUAUCAUAUAAUUUCAGCCCAUAAUUGUAUUCAAAUAGAAACGUUGCUGCUCUUAUGUUUGGUGAGAUACACAGCAUGAGUGGGUGGUCCUAGGUACCUAAUCUGAAAAGCUAAAUAUAGUUGGGGGAAAAAGAAUUAUAGUUGAGUUUUUGCAUAAAUCUGCAUAUGUACGUGCAGUUUGGUUGGUUAUGUGUUGUGUGAAUUAAAUAGAGCUUGGUUCCUGUGUUUAAUCUUAUGUCACAAGAAAAAACCGAGUUAAGCAUGUUUCUGAAGGUGCUUAUAAAUGAUUGCUUAAUCCACUCAAGAUGUAGGGUCUCUGGAAAACUCUGCUUAAAAUGUGCACUGUUCUAGCCAAUUAAAGUUUUUAAAAAGUU